AUGACUAUAAUUGGAUCCUUUAAAAAAUUGAAUAUUCACCAAUAUUCAUCAUCCAUUGCAAAUAUCGAUUCAGCCAAUCAUAAUAAUUAUCAAAACCAUUCAUUCUCUUCUACACAAUAUCAAGAUGAAUCAGCUAGUGCAAGAUCUUCAUUCUUAAGAUUUUUAAGAUUUAUUUUCUUCCAUGAUUAUUAA